CAUAUAUGCGGCCUCUCAGCGUCUGGGCCUAGACGCCGAGCAGCCGCACAUUUGCAUUCCAUUAAAAAAAACAUAUGUGCUGAGAGCGCACGCCCUGUGCGGUCCCUGCACACAUGUCCGGUACUCACGGAAAGGUCCCGAUCUCCUCUUUCGAUCAGGACCUUUCCUGAUCAUGUGACCGCCGUGACGGCGUUGACAUGACUCCAAACCCCGCCCCGCCUCCCAGCUUCUGAAACUCUUAAAGGCCCGGGAGGCGCCGGCGUGAAGGGGUUGA